AGAGAGCAUGUAGCUCGCAUCCGCGCAUCGGAAUCGAACUCCGCGAUUCUCGACAAGGCUCCUCGAAUUCAUGUUCUAUAUCCUGAAACGAAGGUCGACAUUCUCAUUAGGUGAAUCGUUGCUCCGACCAAGAUAUGGCUGCCGUAAUGGCUAUCGCCAACGUCUCGAAGAAAGUGCGUCUACCUCCUCUUCCGACACCGGCUGAACUGCUGAGGUUGUACAGACUGAAAGCUCUAAAGCAGAUGUCACAGAACUUCCUGCUGGACCCGAGAAUCUGUAGAAAGCUCAUCCGAUCUGCGGGAAACUUGCAUAAGGCGCACGUAAUUGAGGUAGGACCAGGACCGGGCAACCUGACGAGACCAAUCCUGGAACUGGGGGCUACUUGCAGUGUUAUCGAGAAGGAUCUGAGAUUCAUGCCCUGUCUGGACCUCCUCGCGGAAGCAGCAGAAGGUCGACUGAAGGUUAUCCAUGGAGACGUCCUGACGUACCCGAUACACAGCGAAAUUCCACCGGAGCUGGCCAGGCCUUGGGAAUCGGAGAAGCCCCCACGCAUCCAUCUCAUCGGGAAUCUCCCAUUCGCAAUUUCUACAGUUCUACUCGUCAAAUGGUUGAAAGAGAUAUCCGAAAGGAGCGGACCAUGGCAAUUCGGUAGGGUCCGCAUGACACUGACUUUCCAAAAAGAAGUUUCUACGAGGAUCACUUUGGGAGACAUCGACAUGGAGAAAUGUCGGCUCAGCAUAAUCAGCCAGGGAUAUUGCGAAGUUGAGGAAUGCUUCACAAUCGUCGGCGGCUCAUUCGUACCGCCACCGCUCGUAGAUGUCGGCGUCGUGAAGCUCGUGCCCCGAGUUAAACCUGUCUUCAAUCAAGAUUUCAGCCUGGUUGAGAAGGUUCUCCGUUGCAUGUUCAACGCGAAGCGAAAAACCGUUGAGCAAAACCUACCGAAGCUCUUCCCGCAGCCAUUAUUGGACGACAUCAAGCAUGAUGUUCUCGAGAAAGCCGAGCUCGAUCCCAAAGAGCAGACGCUUAUGCUGACCACGCAAGAGUUCUCUAGAUUAUGUGAUGUGUAUGCUGAAUAUUGUGAAAAAGUAGCGGGUCUGUACGAAUACAAUUAUAGAGGUCCCCGGAAAACUAGGGAUUGGUCUCCCGCAGAAGAUGUUCGAGAUAUUGUAUGA